AUGUCCGAUCUUGAUGAAGAUUUAUUAGCCUUAGCUGGUGCUGAUGAAGAAGAAGAAGAUGAACAAGUUCUAACCACGUCAAAUAAGAGAGCCAAAAACCAUGAACAUGCCAGUUCCAAAAGAAAAAAGAUUGAAGUGGAUAGCGAGGCAGAAGAGGAAGAUGAUUAUGACCCUGGCAACUUUGGUGCUGGAAAUAUAAGUGAGGAAGAAGAGGAAAUGGAACAGAAUCCAUUUCCUCUAGAGGGAAAAUAUAAGGAUGAAGCUGAUCGUGAGCAAUUAGAAAGUCUGCCUGAAAUGGAACGUGAAACGUUACUGUUUGAAAGAUCACAAACUAUGAGAAAGUACCAAGAACGUAAACUGUUUAGAGAACGUCAGAGAAAUCUAAAAGAACAGCAACAGAGGAAUGCUCCUAGUGAAGAAGGAACGAAGACACGUACUUCUACAAGAACGACGCAUGCUACUGGUCAUUCUGAUUUAAAGGCUUCCAAAUUAUCUCAAUUAAAGAAACAGAGAGAAAGGAAAGGUCUACACCGCCGUGGCUCUGACGAAGAAGGUUCAGAAUUUGAAGAAGAGGAAGAAGAAUAUGAUGAAGAGGAAUAUAAGAAAGAUGAAGACAGUGAAUAUGAAGAAGAGUAUAACCCUUAUGAAAGAAAGGGCAGAUAUUCAGAGGAUAAGAAUGAUGAAGUUGAAUGGGCAGAGGAACAAACUGAUAGAGAAACAGAACUUGAUGAUUUUAAUAAGGUUAAAAUUGGCCGUUCAUUCGUUGCUAAGUACUGUUUUUAUCCUGGUUUUAAUGAAUUGAUCAAAGGAUGCUACGGGAAAGUCAAUGUUGGAACAGAUAGACGCACAGGAACAACUUCGUAUCGUAUGGUCAAGAUUGAAAAGAUAUUUUUACAGAAACCUUAUAGGAUGGGAGAAUUCUUUACCAAUCAAUAUUUUGGUGUUACACAAGGUAGUAAUAGGAAGGUCUUUCAAAUGAACUUCUUUAGUGAUGGUCUGUUUACUCCGGAUGAAUUUGAGAGAUAUGUUAGAUCACUAGACACAUCUCAUAUUACCAAACCGUCCAUAUACACCUUGAAAAACAAAGCCAAGGAGAUCCAAUCUUUUAUAUCAGAGCCCUUGACUGAACAGUUAAUGGAUACCAUUGUUCGUAAUAGAAUGCUGUUCAACAAGAAAUUAUCUGGUACUAACGCCGUCUUGGAAAAGACAGUUCUAAGAGACAAACUACGUUAUGCACAAGAGAACAACAACGAAAGAGAUGUUGCGAAAUACUCUUCUCAAUUAAGGAACUUAGAAAAAAGAUUAUCUGUAUAUGAGAAGCAUCAUGAAAAUGAUCAGGUUGGUUCGAAUAAAUUGGGUGCAUUGACAUCCAAAAAUAGAAAGGUGAACAUGGAUAAGAUUAAGAAUACAGGACACGAGAAAAAGGAAGAAAUUGGCUUUGAUUCGAAGAGUGAUCCAUUUAGUAGAUUAAAGACCAGAACAAAAAUAUAUUACCAAGAAGUUCAACAAGAGGAAAAUGAGAAGGCGAAGGCACUUGCAGCCGAAAAACAAUUAAAAGAAAACAAUGAAGCACAAGCUCGUAAAGAAAAUGAGCUUUUACUAGCAAAGUUUAGACGUCUCGGUGGACUAGAAAAUAUGAUUAAUAGUCUGAACUUGGAUGUCAACUUCGAUAUUUAG